GGACCGACUCAGCUUGAAACAAAAGAGGACUUCUUUGAAUCAGCAGUGAGAGAGCGCGACUUGAAGAACAAGAAAUCUGUAACAACAGAGAAGGAAAAUGCAUCUCCGUGUCUAUUUGAAUGCAACGUGCCAGGUUGUACUCAGAUCUUUGAUUCAUGCGAAAUGUUGGAGAAACACCUUGAUGUCGGCAAGCACAUUCAAGUGGCCAAACGUAGCGUUUACGACACAAUCAGAAAAGAUUGGGCUACUAAGUUUCAGUCUGUGGAUGUGUUGCAAGAUUCUUCUAGCGAAACAACGAUCCCACCUCUUGUCGACAACAAGAGUGACAAAGCAGAAACGCUUGAGAAGGGCUGGGCACUGAAAAAACACUCUGGAAAUACACGAUUCUCACCUGCUGUUAAAGAUUACCUUACAACACUGUUUGUGAUUGGUGAAAAAACUGGUCGUAAAGCCGAUCCUGCCGAGGUUGAAAGAGACAUGAGAAAUUCCAGAGAUUCAUCAAAUCAGCGUCGAUUUAAACGGAAUGAGUGGUUAACUAAAACCCAAAUCAAGAGCUUCUUCUCUCGACUUGUCGCAUCGCGCAGAAAAAACUUAGCAGGAUUUUCCAUUGAUCAGGAAGAAGACGUUGAGUGCUUGAUAGAGGAUUUGGAACGAAAUGACCUCAUUGACGCUGUCAAUGACGAAAUUGGUUUAAAACACCCCAUAACGUAUGACGCCUUUGACCUUUGUCAACUCCACCUAGAGGAUAAAUUGAACACAUUUAAUGUUACAAUGCUUAAAAACAUUUUUUUCUCAUCUCGAGAUACCAUUUAA